AUGGCGUACCCGGCUACAGCCACUCACUUGAACCACAGCUCGCAAGGCCCUGCGCCCGUCCCCAUCGCCCACUCUCACUCUCACCCCUCGGAUCAGCACCCGCACACCGGCGGGCACGCCGCGUCCCAGGGAGGCGGAGGGCAGAUCCCCAUCGGCGCACAGGCGAGCUCGGCGACCAGCGUCUCGUUCGAGAGCGUCUUCACCGACGAGGAGGAGAAGCUGAGCGACUACGAGGCGGGAGGCUACCACCCUGUCCGCAUUGGAGACGUCUACGGGCCGAACGACCGCUAUGUUGUGGUGCGCAAGCUCGGCUGGGGCCACUUCUCGACCGUCUGGCUUGCACGGGACACAACCGUCAACAAGCAUGUCGCGCUCAAGGUGGUCAAGUCGGCGACGCACUACACCGAGACGGCGCUCGACGAGAUCAAGCUCCUCCAGCGGGUGGUCGAGUCGAACCCGGCGCACCCCGGCCGACGACACGUCGUCUCGCUCCUCGACCACUUUACGCACCGAGGACCGAACGGCACGCACGUCUGCAUGGUCUUCGAGGUGCUCGGCGAAAAUUUGCUCGGGUUGAUCAAGCGGUAUCACCACCGCGGCGUGCCCGACCACAUCUGCAAGCAGAUCGCCAAGCAGGUCCUCCUCGGACUCGACUACAUCCACCGCGAGUGCGGCAUCAUCCACACCGACCUCAAGCCCGAGAACGUCCUUAUCUGCAUCGACGAUGUCGAGGCUGUCGUACGCGCCGAACUCGAGACUUCGCCCGCCGCCGUACCGACCAAGAUGAUUGGUGUACCGCCGUCUCAGCCGCGAGGAGGCGCCCAGACGCCUCGAGCAGACACCGUCUUCAUCACCGGCUCGCAACCGCUUCCUUCGCCCAGCAGCAGCUACGGCACGAGCCCAGUCAUCGAGAAGCUCGCGUUCCAGAUGAGCAAGAUCUCGGAUUCAGGCGGGUCGUACGUCGGGAGUAUCAAGAAGCAGGGCGAGAUGACGGCGACGACGGCGGACGACGUGGGCGAGCAGAUGGCGGGCGUGCAGUUGGCGGACAUUGGAGCGAAGCAGGCGGCUCCUGCGGCACCGAACAAGGGCCCGUCCCUUCUCUCGCAACAAGCCGCCGCCGCCGCAUCGAACUCGCAGGGCCAGCCCGCAUCCACCUCCACCUACUUCCCCCAAGCCUCCUCCGACCCUUCCGCCUCUCAUGUCACCAUCACCCCUUCCUCGAACAACAACAACGAUUCGGACGUGACGAUGCGUUCUCCGCCUCCCGAAGGUGCCGGUUCAAUCUCGACCUCCCCUCCCCGACCUAUGCCGCACAACCCUCUCCACCCCGCCAUCGUCGCCGGCGACCCGAAUACUCUCCCUCCUCCCGCGCCGUACGACCCGUCGAGCCUCGAACGCAUCACGGUCAAGAUUGCGGAUUUGGGCAACGCGAGCUGGACGGACUUGCAUUUCACGAACGACAUCCAGACCAGGCAGUAUCGCUCGCCGGAGGCUAUCCUGGGCGCGAAGUGGGGAACGGCGGUCGACAUCUGGUCCGCGUCGGCGAUGUUCUUCGAGCUGUUGACAGGCGACUACCUGUUCGACCCCCAUCCUGGCACGCGGUACAACAAGGACGACGACCACAUUGCGCAGGUCAUCGAGCUGCUCGGACCGUUCCCGCGGAGUAUCGCGCUCGCGGGCAAGUUCAGCGCCGACAUCUUCACCCGGAAAGGCGAGCUGAAGCACAUCCACAAGCUCAAGUUCUGGCCGCUCCACUCGGUCCUCCAGGACAAGUACCUCAUUCCCGAAGCCGAAGCCAAGCUCCUCGAGUCCUUCCUCCAGCCGAUGCUGCACCUCAACCCGGACAAGCGCGCCACGGCUCGCGACAUGCUCGACCACGAGUGGCUGCAGGGCGUGAUCGUCCAGGGCGAGAUUGACUCGCAUUUGCUGCAGAAUGGCGAGGAUGAGCAGGGGCGGGUGACGAGGGUCGAGGAUGGGAAGCGGAUUGCGAGGGGUAUCAGGGGGAUGAACCCGGAGAGUCCGGCGGUCGUCAAUGCCUCAAUCAUCGACCCGCAAUUGGUCAACGCCUUGCGACCGAUCGACACCAAUCUCAACGUCCACCACACCGAUCCUCCUCCGCCUCCUCCGUCGUCCUCGCUCGCACAGCAAAUCCGCGCCUGA